GCGCUGGUUAGGGGAAGUUGUGUGUGAGCGAAUGUAGUUAAAUCUAAACUGUCAAGUAUACAACGGACAAUUUAUUAAAGAUGGUGGCAACUAUGUGGACAGUCGUAUCGUUCUCUUUUUCUCUUCUUAUAACCCCAUUUCUGAUGGUUCUAUUAGGAAUAAUAUUUCUGGCCUCAAUCGGAAAAUCUCUUGGAGUUAGAAGACUUUACGUCAAUCUGUUGUUGAAGAUUUUCGAGUAUGGACGUCAACAUAUAGAAAUAGCACAGAAAGACCGCCAGGUGAGCAGAGAUAACUCAGAUGAUGAAGAAAAGGAGGAAGAAAAAGAACAAAAAGAUGUUUUAGAGGUUAAAGAAAACUGCAAUAAUGUGUGCAAUAAAACACCAGAAAAGAAAAUGAAUGGGGUGAUAAGCAAUAAUUUGAUCAGCAGAGAAGAUCUCAUCCUCGCGCCAGAUCCUGUACAGAACUACAAAGGCAAUAACAAACAGGAAGAGACAUCCACUGCUCCUCCUGAUCUCAUUCGAAGGAGAUCAUUUGAGACGCUGAAGAGGGAAUUUCAGCUUUCAGAUCUCCUUGACUAUGUCAAGGCUGGAGUUGAAGCAAUAAUAGAAGAUGAAGUUACACACAGAUUUGAAGCAGAAGAACUCAAGUCCUGGAAUCUUUUGACACGUACAAAUCAAUACUAUGAAUUCAUCAGCUGGAGACUUACUGUUAUUUGGAUGGCAGGAUUCUUUGUCCGCUACUUCUUUCUACUGCCUCUACGUGUAAUGAUUUGUUUCAUAGGGGUUAUGUGGUUGACAGCUUGUACAGCUGUUGUGGGCUAUGUUCCUGAGGGUCCAUUCAAGCGUUGGCUCAACCAUCGUGUUUCCAUAAUGUGCUUUGGUGUUUUGUCCAGUGCUCUGUCAUCUGUGAUUACCUACCACAAUCCAGAAAACAGACCUAAGAGUGGAAUAUGUGUAGCAAAUCACACGUCUCCAAUUGAUGUCCUCGUCCUAGCCUGUGAUAACUGCUAUGCCUUGAUUGGUCAGAGGCAUGGUGGUUUCUUAGGACUCCUCCAGCGAGCUUUAGCGAGAGCGUCCCCUCACAUAUGGUUUGAACGUUCUGAAGUAAAGGACAGAGAAGCAGUUGCAAGAAGGCUUCGUGAGCAUGUGUCUGAUCCUAACAACCCUCCAAUUCUCAUUUUCCCUGAAGGAACUUGCAUUAACAAUACAUCAGUUAUGCAGUUCAAGAAAGGAAGCUUUGAAGUUGGAGGUGUCAUUUAUCCUGUAGCCAUAAAGUAUGAUCCAAAAUUUGGUGAUGCAUUUUGGAACAGCAGUCGUUAUUCAAUGAUGCAAUACUUGUACAUGAUGAUGACAAGUUGGGCCAUUGUUAGUGAUGUAUGGUAUCUGCCACCUAUGUACCAGCAAGAAGGAGAGACAGCUAUAGACUUUGCAAACAGGGUGAAAGGCGUUAUUGCCAGGCAAGGUGGACUGGUAGAUCUGAUGUGGGAUGGGCAACUGAAGCGCAUGAAACCAAAGAAAGAGUGGAAAGAGAACCAGCAAAAAGAAUUUAGCAAGAGACUGAAACUGGAAUGAGGUUUAACUACAGUGAAACAUUUCCAUCAUUUUAUUGUUUUGAAAAAGUGGUCCCUGUGAUUUGCAGUCUUUUAAUUCUGGAUUAUUUUAUAUGGUUAUUGUUGUCUUUAUCUUUGAUAACAAGAAUGGCUGUGCAAACUAAUUUUGGUAGUACAGCUCUGUUUACAGAAAUGCUUUUUAUGCAAGUAUUUCUUAUGUUUACAUCCAGAAUUCAGUGGACUGACUAUUUUGUAUGGUGAUUACACAUUCUAUGUCAAUUUGUGUUUGACAAGACAGGAUGAGAGUUAUAAAGUAUGAGCAAUUACAUAUGUUCCUGACAUGAUGAGUUGUGUUGUGUCUGCAUUAUCAUUUCUGGGGAUAUUCAUCCAGAAACUGGACAUGCAUAUCAUCUGAAUGCAUGUAGCCAUCCUCACCAAAGAAUUCACUGUAUAAAAUUCAUUGAUCAUUUUUUUUAGUUUCAUUGAUAGUUGUGUAUUUGUAAUUAAACGUGUUUGUGUCAACUGUAGGCAUUAUAGCAUCAUAAUUUGUGGCACACAUUCCAUGUAUGCAUUUUCAUUUUGUUCUGUUUACAUCACAGUUUGUAUGACUUGUAAAUUGUGUAAAUGUUAAGCAGUAAAACUUGUGCUGGUGUGAUAGAACCUAUUUUGUAUAGACCGUACCAACAUUUUUAAUGUGCUUUUUAAUUAAUAAACUCACUGUGAUAACUGAAAA